AUGAAGACGCACCUCAACGACUUCCAUGAGAUGUGCGCAGAUGAGAAGGCAUGUGAAUGGAGUUCGCUCCGCCACACCGAGAGUCUUGAAAGCUCCAAAAAGCUGAUGGAAAAUACAUUCACAUCGACUUGUCAGGCCCCAUGGCUUGUGACCUGCGCCAUCAUGUCCUCAAAGUAUCCAGCUCCAGACACCAAAGGAGGUUGCUGUGCCAAGAUGAUUGGCUGUGUAAGAACGACGCGUGCUUCACCGUGGGGCUUGUCCGUCGGCUACAAGAUCCGUUCUGAUUGCUGGGGGAAAGGGUACGCGACCCGUGCCUUGCAACUGUUCUUAGACCAGUAUUGGAGCCAAAGGCGAACGGCGCCGAAGAGUGAUGUUUACGUCUCUCAAAUCCCGGCGGUAAAUGCAGUGUCUUUCGACAAAUCAUUGACUGGAAAGAUUGUAGAUGAUAGAGCUCAGCUGAGACAUGUUUCAAAUCGAGAAGAGCGUCAAGGUGUGGCGCUUCGAGGAAAAGCGGGAUAUGGCGGUCUGGAAACUGGACAAGCCUUUGAAAACUGCGACGUUUGCUCUCCAUUGCAUUAG